GCAGGCAAGCACACCAACGUCUGUUAGCUGUGCCGGUUUUCUAAACCUCCACUUUGGGUUUGCCAUCGGUGCUCCUGGAAACCUGUAGACUUUUUAUUGAAAGACACACUUCUAUCGCUCACCAUCUCGUAGGUAUUUUAGCACCCGCCUUUUCUUUCUCCCCACUCAAAAACAAAACCAAAACAGGUUGCCCCACAGAGAAAUCAACGAUGACAACCGACACCCCCACCCAACCGCAGGAGCCGGCGGACGCGGCGACCGCGACAUCCAGAAAGGCAGAUCCGACCAAGUUGACCUUCCACUCCUUACACGACGACGCACAUGACGCCUUUGAGCAGGACAAGUAUCACCGUGCUCGCACCCAUAUCGGUGGUUUAGGACACGUGAGUGCUAAGGACGUCUUCAAAAACUACAAGCGCUCGUGGUUGACUCCUUUCUUCGGCUCCAACGAGCCGGAGCCUAUCUUUGAGGAGGAAAAGAAUCUGCAUCCUUGCCAAAUUUUCUCACGCGACGUGCACCUGUGCUUAGAGGUCAACAACAACAGUUUUGCGCUGUGCCAGACCCGUGUGGCUGCCUUUCAACACUGCCUUAAAGAGUUCUCUAUGUAG